AUGCCCGCCUUUGGCCACUGCGCGGCCGCCGUGCCUAGCCCGACGGCGGUGGCCUCGGCCUUCUCGUCUGCCGUCGCUUCGGCGUCCUCGGCCUUCUCAUCCGGCGUCGCCUCGGCUGCGUCCUCGGCCUUCUCGCCCGCCGUCGCCUCGAAGGCGUCCUCGCUCGUGAGCUGCUCGCCGCUUCUCAUGCCCGCCCUCGUGCUCAUCCUCCUCGCCAUCGCUUGCGGCGCCUCCUGGCCGACCGCGGCGAGCGGAAAGGGGGCUCGCGGCGCGGCCUCGGCGGCGAGCUCCGACCGCACCGAGCGACCGCGCCCGUCGCGCGCGCACAGCCGUCCCACGAGUAUGCGCGCUGCUCCGCUGCGCGCCUCGACUGCACUGCUGUUGGUCGUCAUGCUCGUCCCUCAGGCACGCUCGCAGUCAGCCCUCGAGCCGGCGCAUGCCCCGAAGCACACACCAGCCGCUCACCAGGACCGGAAGGCGGCAAUGCUGCUGGAGAACUGGCAGCAGCACAUGCGCUCAGGACACGGCACCAAGGUGGCCACGCAGUACCACUUUGCCUACGCCCGCCAUCUCGCGCCGUUCAACCAGGGCAAUAUCACGAUGCUCGAGGUGGGUGCAAACCAGGGCGACUCGCUGUUCGCGUGGGCCGCUUGGUUCGAAAACGCGUUCAGCAUCUUUGGGUUGCGUUACGGGGUGAAAGACAGUCAUAUGACGAAAUGCCACCACAAAUACUGCCACAAGGUGCGCAUCAUCGACGGCGACCAGAGCAACAGCGACGACCUCAGGCGGCUGACGGCCGCGGCUUUCGGCCCCCACUGGACGCCACCUCCCGCACUCGACGCAGCUGCAUGGGCUGACGGUGGCUUCGACGUCAUCAUCGACGACGGUAGCCACGUGCCGCGUCACAUCCUCUUCACGUUCAAACACCUCUUCCCUCACGUCCGGCCGGGGGGCGUCUACAUCAUCGAAGACAACGGUUUCUCGUACACGGACCAACCAACCAAAGUCUACGGCUACGCGGUUGGCGACGGUGGCAUUGGCAGGCCGCCGCCGGGUAAUGCCAUCGAGAAAUUCAAGCAACUCGUCGACAUCGUCAAUCGUGAGGAAUGCAUGCCGACGCUCGACAUCGUUGUAUUCUCGGAGGAGAUCGACCGCUCUGUGAUGGAGGUCUCAUUCGUCUCGGGGCUCGUCAUUGUCAAAAAGAAGACGCAGACCGAGUUCGACGGCUUGAGACGGCUCCGUCCCUCCUCCUCGGUCGCUAUGACCUCCGGCGGCUCGCUCGAAAGGUACAAGGCGAGGCUCGCUCGCGAGCAGGCGGUGUAACCGAUGGGCUUGAGAACCGAUGGGCUUGAGAAGAUGCGACGCAGGGCUGGUUGACAUUAAAUUGGUGUGAAACAAGUUGCUAGAUGCUACCGCGUGCGGCCGUUCCGCUGCAACGCGCUCGAGGGUUGUUGCACGAGUAUAUACAUGGGACGAAAGCG